GGUUCCGUUCCCCUUUAUCCACAAAUCUCACAAUCCUCCCACAAAUUUCAUCCGACUCCUCCCUUAUCCUCAUCUCAAUCUCAGCUCUCUCCAUUUAUAGAAUAACUGAAAAACUUCGGAAUCUCAGGAUUUCGUGAACCGCCCAUAUUAUCCCAGAUUGGGAAAACACAAAUCAAUCAAAGGGGUUUCGUUUUUGUUCCUUUUCUCCUACCUUCUGUGUGGUAUCUGGAGUUUUUGUGCAAGUUAGAUAGGAUGGUUUGUGUAGUUUCUCGCACGGGAAGGGAGCUGCAACGUUACGACCAAGGCCGACGCCUGGUUGUGGGAUGCAUUCCAUACAGAUAUAAAAGCGGGAGUAAUGGCUCCAUCAAGGACGAAUUAGAGGUCCUUGUGAUCAGUUCGAAGAAAGGCCAAGGAAUGAUGUUCCCUAAGGGAGGUUGGGAAACUGACGAAUCCGUGGAAGAAGCAGCUUCCCGGGAGUCCCUUGAAGAAGCGGGCGUUCUAGGCAAAGUGGGGUGUGAAUUGGGGCAAUGGAGCUUCAUGAGCAAAAGAUACGGGACAUUUUAUGAAGGGUACAUGUUCCCUUUGCUUGUGAAGGAGCAACUUGAUCUGUGGCCGGAGAAGGAUGAGCGGCAAAGAAUAUGGAUGGAUGUGGCGGAAGCAAGAGAAGUUUGUCAGCAUUGGUGGAUGAAAGAAGCUCUAGACGUAUUAGUUCGUCGGCUCACGACUCUGCCACGACACCCACAAGAAGAUGUUCUCUGAGUGUAGGAAUGAAUUCUCCAGAUCAUCUGUACAUAUAACACUACCCACACCCCCACAGCCGUGUAGAUUUUUCUUCACAUCUUCACAAAACCUGAAGAUCUGAGACUCUGAUUUAGGCCUGAUUACCAGGGGUAGGAUACGCUUGUAUCAAAAAAAUGUCAAUCUUUCACUUUUUUUUUUUUUUGUCCGGUUGUGAAGUUUUAAUAGUUCACCUUCCCGGUUCUGUUCCUUCUGUUUGUUUGAGGCGUGUAGAAAGCGUUCAUCAAAGUAUUUACUAUUUUCUAGCU